UUCGACAACUUCAGAAAAGAAAAAACCAAGCUAUCACAAUUUUUUACAAUUAUCUAUACAUUCGUACAGUUUUUUGACUUUCACAGUGUUUUAAAAUGGCUAAAAGGAAAAAUAAGCCGUUAAUCGACUCUGAUUCCAGUAGCGAAUGUUCAGAUUUAGACUCGCAAUUCCUGAACUUGGCAAAGAAGAAAAAGAAAGGUGAUUCACCACCACCUUCCAAAUCUAAGGGACAGUCAUCGGACAGUGAAUCUGAAUGGGAUGAUGAUGAUAAUAAAAAGAAAUCCAAAUCAUCAUCAUCAUCCAGCUCAGGGUCCGAAAGUGACGCCGGCAGUAACGCGUCGAGUAAAAAAUCAACAGGUCAAUCAAGAAGCAGUAGGAAGGCAUCAUCAGAACAUUCAGAUGACGCAAGAAAGAAACCAGAACCUAAGAAGAGUGAACUGAGACAGAGUACAGAUAGUGCUGGAUCAGGAAAGAAGAAAGAUGUGUAUAGUGAGCCUGAAGAAGGUGAAGUGUCGUCACAUUCAUCCGACAAUGACUCCCUUGAUUCUGAAGAAGAGUUUAAUGACGGCUAUGAUGAGAAUCUCAUGGGUGAUGAAGAAGACAGAAAACGUCUGGCGGCCAUGUCUGAAAAGGAGAGGGAGCAGGAGAUAUUCAAAAGAAUCGAGAGGAGGGAUCUGCUGAAGACCAGAUGGGAGAUAGAACGGAAGCUGCGUCUCGCGAAACGUACAGCCGCGGAACGUUCUGCUUCACCAGGGGAGAUCGCACGGAGACGAGACGCAAGGAAACGCAGGAAAGCCAUGCGCGACUCCCGCCAACGGGAGAAGGAGAAGGAGAGGCAACGACUGGAGAAACGUGAAACUGAGGAUGACCAGCCUAAAGAGCCGGAAGUAGAGAAAGACAAUACACCACCCAGUCCCGGAGAAAUUCUCGACGAUGCUAAAGAUGCAGAGUCGUCAGAACGCGCGGCGAGUCCGCUCUUCGGUGCGAAGACAGAACGAAAAAGGAACGUGGACGAUCGACGGCAGAACGCUAUGGCAGCCCUACGAGCGCAACGUGACGCCAGGGCUACCAGGGACGAGCACAACCGACAGCGGAGGCGCCUCGAGGAGGAGAAGAACAAGGACAAGGAGGACGACGAUGACGCAGAUGCAGAAAUCAUUGGUGGCACCAGCAAACAGAGCGUCAAGUUGAAAGCAUCCGAUAUAUACUCGGACGAUUCCGGAUCAGAUUCAGAGGACAACAAAUCUCAAGGCCGCCGCAGUUCAACAAGUUCUUCCUCGUCGGGCGGAGAAGAAGAGGAAAAGAAACGUGAAGAAGUUGAAAUCAAAUAUGCGGACACACGGGAGCAGAUAAACAAACUUAGGUUAAGCAGGUUCAAACUAGAGCGGCUGGUACACUUGCCGUUCUUCGCUCGUGUCGUCACCGGGUGUUACGUGAGGAUCGGGAUAGGGAACAACAAUGGAAAUCCAGUGUAUAGGGUUGCAGAAAUAAUCGACGUGUACGAAACGGCAAAAGUGUAUAACUUGGGCAGUACGAGAACAAACAAGGGUCUCAAGCUGCGACACGGCACCCAGGACCGGGUGUUCAGACUGGAAUUUGUUAGUAAUCAGGAAUUCACAGACAGCGAGUUUCAAAAAUGGCAUAAAGCUAUAAAAGAGGCCAAUAAGAAACCACCCACAAUGGACUUCGUUAGAAAUAAGAUUAGUGAUGUAAAGGAAGCACUUAUGUAUGAGUUUAAGGAAGAAGAUAUAGAGAAAAUGGUAGCAGAGAAGGAGAGGUUUAGAGCGUACCCAACCAAUUAUGCCAUGAAGAAAACACAGCUGAUGAAAGAGAGGGAUGUGGCACAACUCAGAGGCGACGAUGAACUUGUCAUGGAUUUGAAUGCGAAGAUCCAAGAGCUGGAAGACCGUGCCAACCAACUGGACAAGACGAGGACAUCCUCAAUACAAAGUAUUUCGUACAUUAACAAUAGAAAUAGGAAACUCAACGUCGAGACUGCUGAGAAGGCCAUCAUGGAAGAGGUUAAAGCUAACAAAGGUAAAAAGACUGACGACCCGUUCACCAGGCGGCACACGAAGCCGGUUAUGAAUUUCAAAUCACACCAGGGCAACAGGAGCCAGGAACUGUUAAGGAAUGAAGAAGCAGAAUUGGAAGCGCAGAAACAGAGAGAAAAAGACGAGAGGAUGGCUAAAGAGAGACAGGAGAAGGAGAGACUUGUUGCACAAGAACAAGAAGAUAAAACAAAAAUUAAGGAUAAAGAUAAGCCAAGUUCAACAGACAACGCCAGCUUAUAUUCACUGCACGAUUUUGACAUCAAUAUAGAAUUGGAUUUACCCGUACCUAAAGUGGUGACAUCUCAACCUAAGCAGCUGACGACAAAAGUGAAAGAGACUGGGCCGAAACGGUCCCUAAAUUUGGAGGAGUACAAGAAACGUCACGGACUCAUAUGAGCCUUGUUCAUGACAGACAGACAGAUUAAGUGUUUGUGAUUAUAGCUUUACAUAGACAGUUCCGUUUGGCACGCCGUUGUGAGGAUAGCAGAGCUAGUGGUAAUUCCAACCGGUGUGGUAAUUAGUAUGAGAGAGAUUACCACACUGGUUGGACACAGGGGCCGUCCAUUAAACACGUGAGGCUCUAUAGGGAGGGUCUUUUUUUUUAAAGGAUGAUAAUGGAAUGGUGCGCCCGCCUGCGCUAACGGUUUACGCUGGCGGGGCACCAGUGGAGGAUGAUAAGAUGAGCAUGAGGUCAGAUCGGUUAGCCCAACGUGACAAAUUCACCGGGAAUGUAUCACGAUGGUUUCCAGGGGGAACGGCUUGGAGGUCGAUCUGACAGGGUACAUUGCUGGCAUUGGGAUCAUUAGUCCACAUUACUAACAAUCCCCUUCUCCACAGGGGAGGGGGUCGAUAAAAAUAGGGGAUGUAGGAGUGUAGUAAGAUAUUACAUGUGUUA